AACGGGAUCCUUUCAAAACAACAAAAGAAUAUAUCUUUGCAGUCAUUCGAAAUCAGAUGCAUUACUAUAGCAUGUUUAAAUCUACAAAUAAGCAAAAGAGUUUAAUUCCAAAAUAUGAAGAACUAUAUCAAUUGGUACCAAAAUAUUUUCAGCAUGAUGGAAAUGACACGUUUGUAUUAACGCAUAUUGACUUUCACACGUCAAAUAUUCUUGUCAAGAAUGAUGAAAUAAUAGGAGUCAUAGAUUGGGAAUGUUCUGAUGCGUUUCUAGUGGAGUGUUUAUAUGAAAUGUCUUGUUGUGACCCUGAUUUUAUUCGAACAAUGGACAAUAUAGAUGAAGAAAAAAAAGAAUUUAUUCCACAGUGUUUAGCCAAGAAAUAUGGAAAAUAG